AUGUCUUCUUCUGAUAAACCAGUCCCAAAUGGCUCGAUCAUGACGGAAUCUUCACCCACGUCAAGUGAUUUCAAACACGAGAUACACGAAUUACUUGUCCAGCCCGACACCCCCGAAUUCCCUCUUCAACUAGAUGAGAAGACUGUCCCUGAAGUGCGAGUCCGUAAUCUUCAGAGAAUGAAAGAACUCGACAACUUCAUAGUUUCUGCUUUGGCGCAAUUUCCAGUCGAUGAUUUCAUCAAACGGUUCACUAUGGCAGAGGGAAAAUUGCAACGAUUUUACACAUAUAAGACGCAAAUUGAUGCCGACCAAGGUAAAGAGAUCAACGACAACAUCGAGACAAUGAAAGCAGAGAUUCUAGAAUCAAGGAAGGUUCUUUCCCUAAUCAUGGAACAAAUCUGUGCUUUUCCGUAUUUGAGCCAGAACUUUCCGGAGUUGGAAAUGGAGGAACUAGUAGCAUCUGAGAAACAAUACGUUAUUGAUCAAUUGCAAAAGGCAAAAAAGAAGUUAGAAGCGCUAGAUUUGAUGUGCUUCAGGCUUCAUACCAUGAUCGAUCAAUGUUCGAGAAUAUUGGGAGGAAGAUGGGAUAAGUAUUAG